UCGAGCUGCCGGACCCCGAGAGGAUGACCGGCAAGAGGCUGCGCACAAGGGAUCCUUCCCAAUGGAAUAAUAAUCUUGAUUUCAAGCCUUCGAAUAUAAGAAUAUGGAUUCAUAAUCGAAACGUUGGAAAGCUACAGCAAGUACUUUGGGAGGGUCAUGGAUCGAAGUUGCGCUGUGAAACAAGUAAUAAUGUCCGAGUAAAAAGGUUUCUCGAGGCGGUACCUUUUAUUAUGGGAACAAUAAAGGACAUUCACUUAGCAACUAUAAAAAAUGAUAUCGAAGGAUUUCGAAAAAGUGUGGAGGAACCCGUGUCGCCAAUCAUUUUAAGCAGUAAAGACAAUAAUGGACUUAAUGUGCUUCACAAGGCUGCUGGUUUCGGUUACGUGGAAUUAGCUCAGGAAAUUCUUUCAAAGUACCCCGCUAUCAUAAACGCCCAAGAUAACGAAGGCAAGACUCCCCUACAUUACGCUGCAAUUUGCAAGGAUGGUGGAAUUAUGUAUGAUUUACUAGUGGAUUAUGGUGCCGAUGAAAAUAAGAUGGAUAACCGACAAAAGCCCGCUAUCUUCUACAAGAGCCGGGCAUCGGACAUGGACAUGGCGAGUCUCGUGAUGAUCCCCGACGCUCCCCGCGUUUCAAGCUUAACUUAUCCUCGCAACUGGGAUUGGCGCAUCAUCGAGACGGACCAGCCGUUGACGCGGAUCAAGCAUACGGGUAACAACGCGGACGACGACAGCGCGUUCGGCAGUGCCGAGUCGGCCAAACUUGCGGAGGACGCUUCUACGGAGGUACUCACCAUUAUUACGCUGCGGAUGUCACUCGAGGCGCGGCUUUUCACUAUCCCCGACGACUAAUUAUGAAAGCCAGAUAUAUAUCCUAG